AUGAGUUACGGGCGGCCUCCGCCGGACGUUGAGGACAUGACGUCCCUCAAAGUGGACAACCUGACGUAUCGGACCACCCCGGAGACUCUGCGGCGAGUGUUCGAGAAGUACGGCCGCGUGGGCGAUGUCUACAUCCCCCGGGACCGCUACACUAAGGAGAGCCGCGGCUUCGCCUUCGUCCGUUUUCACGACAAGAGAGACGCCGAGGACGCGAUGGACGCCAUGGACGGGGCCGUGCUGGAUGGCCGGGAGCUCCGGGUGCAGAUGGCGCGUUACGGCCGACCUCCGGACUCUCUUCAUGGACGCCGGGGACCCCCGCCUAGGAGGUACGGGGACUACGGGCGCCGCAGCAGGAGGUGA